GAGUUUUCAGCUUCAAUAUGUUGACAAUUUUUAAUGCAAUAAUUGUAUUAGUGCUGUGUUCUGUUGAUGUUUAUACACAACGACAAUGUACCGGAGACAGAGGCAUUGAGUGUUGUGAAGGAUAUAUGUGGAAUAAUAACACAGGCAACUGUAUUAAGUGUCAAACUGGAUAUCUUGGAAAAUCCUGCAGUUUCAAAUGUCCAUAUCCUUCAUUUGGGGAGAGUUGCCAAGGAAGAUGUGAAUGCAAAGAAACAUCUUGUGACUUUGCAAAAGGCUGUUCUUCAGAUGUUUAUAAUGAAGAAAAUAUCCAAAUUUACAUAUCAACUAAUAACAAAAUAGCUCUAUGGAAAACUGUUACAUUUUCAUCUGAGAUAAAUGCUGUUGCAACGGAUAAAGGUGAAAAACAAAAGGAGGAAUCAACGAAAGAGCUACUCUUUAUUUUAGUGUGCGUUAACUCGGUAGUAGUGCUAGCUGCUGUCAUUUACAUCUUUAAAUUUAUUGUAAAAAGAGCUCAGACAACGAGAGACAGUCAUCAUGUAUCAAAAUCGUUUAAAGAUAAUGGAUGUGUUUACGAGACAGCAGAUGAUACAGAAAGAAACGUAGCUUAUCACGUUAUUCCUGAUCAGCACUAUCGUACUGUUACAGUAAACAUCAGUUCUCCUGAUCAGGUACAAGGGGAUCAAGGUUCUCCUGAUAAAAGGAGUUUCGAAGAAAAUAUGUCAGUGUUAAAUUCUGAGGACACAGGUGGUUACCUAAUACCUUCCACAAUAUCGUUGGCGUAACUGUAUUUGAAAGGUUUUUCCUUCACAGAGUCGGUGCAUUGUGGACUUUAAUAUGUUAUUUUAU